UUGAUAGCCUUUCUGAGGUGUAAUUACACAGAAUUUAUGAUAAAUUAAUGUAUUCUAUAAAAUGUAAUAAAACUGCCCCCCGAACCCAGUUUGAGAACCACUGAGCUACAUGGAAUGACUGAAUGAGCCUCGAGACUCCAGAUGUGAAGUGGGCGGAAACUUUUUCAAAACUACACAACAGACUCUCGAGCGGACUCUGCUACGGUGAUUUUUUUAGGAAAACUGCACAUAUACCUUUUCAGGAUUUCUUGCCAUUAUAUAAUCGAGAUUAUAACGGAUAUAUUUACGAUCAGUAUAAACUAGAAGAAAAUGUUAAGCGAAAUCGAGACAGCUGGGUCUUCGGACGCUUCUGCUACGGCAGAGGGGAACCCUGGCCCGAGCGACUUACUGGAAAUUACUUUCCAGAAGAACCCCAAUCAAAAUAAAAAAUUCCUAGAAGCAGAGCCCAAGAUUUUAGGGGUUACAGAGAUAAUGCUGACCGUCCUCUUCAUUACUUCCAAAAUGGCUUAUUUUUCAGACUGGAUAGGAACAAGUGUCGAAAUAGGUUGCUCCUGUGUUGGCAUAAUAGCUGGUAGUCUGGCAAUAGCUGCACAGAAUCUCCACUUACGAACACUCAAGGCUUGUUUUGGAAUGCAGAUAGUCACGUGUUUGACAUAUGGAUUCAUUCUCAUCAUCUCAUUUGAUCUUCAAUCAAACCCUGCAUAUACAGCCUGCUGGUACACCUUGGAGAAGAAUGAACUACCAUUAUGUAAAUCUUUAUUGAUUGGAUUUAGUCAAAUGGAUUUAAUAGAUAAUCUCACGGAAGCGGUUCAGACUGCCCUCUCUAUUACACUAGCUGCAUAUUGCUGCAAGGUUAUUCAGUGCUGCUCGCCCAGGUCUCAUGAGCCUGUCAUCGUUAUGAAACCACCCAGAGCUUCAGAUUGAAAGGAAGUAUAUACAAAGAGUAUUGACCUGAUCAUUGUCAGGACUCCAUCACUGGCACCAUCAUCUUCAUCAUUCACUCCUCCCUCUUGUUUACUCUCACCUGAGUAUUGACCCUCUCACCUGUGCACCAUCAUCUCACUCCCUUUAUAACCCGCACUCUCCCAUUCAUUCUCUGUCUGGUCUCGUCUAUGUUUGACUCUCAGACUCACCCGUGUUACAAAGGACUUACCUGUAAUCUUCAUCAUGUCGUGGUCUUCCUCCGAUUGUCCCCUCCUACGAUCUUUAUCUGCCAUUCACAAAGAGAGACUCUGUUAUUAUAAAGCUAACUAUUACCGUUUACUCACCAUUUCUCAUUCACCCGCUGUGUACAUUCAAUAAACUAUAUUUAUCUUA